UCCAAUGGACCCCAUUCCCACACCAUGUCAUCAAGGAGUUAUGUAAGGCCCAAAAGGACUACUCCCGGGGAGUGAAUACUUCCGGGGGAUCCUGAGGGCCACACUCUCCGAAUUGGAGGUCACCCCUGCAGACCUGUGGCGUCUUUUCUCCUGCCUCCUCAACCCCACAGAAUUUAUCAUGUGGGAGGCAGCUUGGAAAAAGGAAGUGGUAAAUCUUUUACCCACACUGUGGGGAAACUCACACACUGCCGUAGAUCUGCAUGGGGAAAUGAUAUCCAACGACCAUCUAUGUGGGAUUGGGAGUUGGGUGGAUGGGCAGAUGCAGGCGUGGUACAUCCCCUCUGAGGUGUUGAGGGAAAGUGCUAGGGUGGCCGAAAAGGCUUUCUUUAGUCUGCGAUCCCCUUUGACUCCCCUAACAACUUAUUCGAAAAUUUUACAAUCCAAUAAUGAACCGUUUGUUGUUUUUGUUGAGAGCCUCCGCAAGGCAAUCGAUUUGCAGGUGCAGAGUGAGGCAACUUGAUUAGAAGUCCUAACUGAGAUGGCGGCAGCCAACGCCAAUCCUGCUUGCAAAGCCGCCAUUCUCAGUUUGCCUCUGGACCCUCCUCCUACUCUGCAUCAGAUGCUCGAGGUGUGCGCGAAGAAGGUUUCCAUCCUGGCGGAAGAGAUCGACCCCAAACAUCAACCGCCAGCACAGAGGGUCACGAUCGCUGAUACUGAAGUCAUAGCAGCCGCAUCUACCACCCCAGUACCUAGCCAUCCACCUCUUACCCCGAGGGUGCCGCAGAGAACCUCCGCACCAUGCCAUCUCUGAGGGAGGACGGGACAUUGGAUGCCGUAGUGUCCCCUGAGGCAGGAGUUUAUGGACUUCAAGUGAAAACAACGGCCUCAAGGGAACACCCAGCCAAAAAACUAGACAAUCAGCACGACUUCUCCCCGUGCCAUGACAGAAAUAGGGCAGGCACCGUUACAUCUUGCGGAGGGAGGGAGAAGGAGGAGAAACAUCCACAGAGCCUGCCUGUGCUCACAACCCAACUGGACUUGACCCAUUUUUCUUCACCAUAUCUUAGACACACUCGACCCAGACCUAUUCUAACAACCUUUUCCAAACUUACGCCCUACAGGUUGCAGCUCAUGGAGUCGUUACACCUCAAGGACUCAAGUUUCCAUCUGGUCUCUGUGUGCCCGGAAUAGAGAGAGACUUGCGCCCAAUGGCUCCCAUCCCGGUCACUGUCAUCAUCUCUGCCGUCAUCUUAUGGUCCACACUCCCACAAACAGACCCGUGGAUCAUCCCCCAGCCAAAGAAUAAUGUUUGGAAGAUGCUCGCCAAGGCCCUCGGCCAGGACCAACUGUGUCUAACCACCACUUCAGCAGCAGACCCUCUGUCGACCUGCCUUGUGGGGAUCCCUUCAAACCCAGAUGAGUUCGCUCCCCCUCUCGGUUCCUCCGUAAAACUCUUGUCCCGUCAGAAAAUUAUCCAUUCCCCCGGAAUCAAUCCUAACUUGGUAUGGAGACGCUUUAUUUCUAACUUAAACAUUGCAGAAUCUGACCCUGUUGAAUUUAAGUUGUUCGGCUCCGCUCUAGCUCCUAUGUGUAUACAGUUUAUGUUAGCUCCUGACCCUGUAGAAAAACCCUACCUUACUGUGAUUCAGAAUAAUCAAGAUUACGUGGUUGGGAAUUGGUGUGAUACGGUUGCCCAAAUCACCACAACAAUCACUUAUGAUGAUAAACCCUGAUCCCUUCCUCGUGGCAUCUUUUUUAUUUGCAGAGACCGAGCAUGGGCAGGCAUCCCCUCCCGUCUAAUAGGAGGCCCGUGUUCUUUCGGAAAGCUGACGUUGUUUACUCCCAACGACAUGCAAAUUGAAAAUUGGAAAUCCAAGAUAGUCACACGCGAUUUGGCCCGCUCAAAAAGAGAUCUAAAAGAACUAGACUCACAGUGUGACUCCGAAAUUACACAUUGGUCUAUCCCAGAAGGUGUCGCUUGGACAGUGUUUUUACCCUGGGUGUCCAUAGCGAAAUCUCUAGGUGAAUUGGCCCACCUAGAGUGUUGGGCUGCUAAACAAGCCAAUUUAACAUCAGCGGUUCUCAGUGACCUCCUAUCAGACAAGGAAGUAACAAGGCGGGCGACUCUCCAAAACAGAGCAGCGAUUGACUUUUUGCUGUCGCUGCAUGACCACCAGUGCGAGGAGUUUGAAGGGCUCUGCUGUUUGAACUUAUCGUCCAAGGCCGAGGAUGCCAGAGAUUCCAUCAAGAAGAUGCGGGACAUGAUUCAUGACAUUAAAAGGGGAACAUCAGACUGGCUGGGGGACGUCUUCUCGGGAUGGGGGUUAUCCGGUUGGGCCAGCUCAAUCUUAAAGACAGUGCUUUUAAUACUCUUUAUUUUGUUAGUAAUUUUAAUUGCCUCUUCUAUUAUUUGGAAGUUAGUACAAAAAUUAAUCCACAAGUUAGUCUCCCCUUUUGACAUAAACCAGGUGGUGGCUGAAGAGGAAAAGUACGAUCCGGCAGAAGAAGAAGAUCAGUUGGAAGGAGAAGAGCAAAGCGAAGAAGAUCGAUGGACUCCCGUCCCUUCUGGCCACCCCUGGACUGGAAAUUUUAAUUUGGACAAUGACACCAGUCUUUGAGUUUUCCAUAUUUUUUUUAAACAAAAAAGGGGGAGAUGUUGUGGUGUGUUUCUUGUUGAGUUGUGAAUUGGUUCAUUCCAUUUACCCCUUUUGUUGUAAUGGUUCUGCCCUGGUUCUCCCUCUCCUUGGUUGCCCCAUCAGUUUAGUCUUUCUCCUCCCCGUUACCCAUGACAACAAAUGUAUCCAUUCCUUAAUCCCUCCCUGGUGCCCUGUCCGUCACUCGGUGGCCCAACCUUUCCAUCUAGAACCUUCCAGCUAGGGCAUCAAGUGAUUGGCUCAGGGGCCAGGGCACCUCCCCAGGCUUUCCCGUAUUGGUUCACCCGUUAUGUCUGUUAUCCUCCCACCACGCCCCCCUUAGUCCUCAUUGGUUAAAGACCA